AUCGAUAGUUUCGAUAUAAUAUAAUAACACAUGUCUUACCUUAGCAUUUCAACUUAUCUUUUUGUUUUACUCUGAUAAUUAAAUUAAUCCAACAUGGCUGUAGAAGCAAAUCAGAAUUGUGACCUUCUUGAUGUCAGUGAAAUCAUCGAUGUUUUAAAGACCAGUACUACGUCUUCUGAAAGUGCGUGCUCCAUUGAUCCAAACAAGCUCAAAUGUAUAGCUACAGAAUGUCUUCAAGCUUUCAUAAAAUACAAUUGGUUUUGCUCACAUUGCCAAUAUCCUCUUUUAUCUCCAGAAUUGAUUGAGCUUCUUAACGAAAGUUUUCCCGAUCCGUUCAAUUACUUAUCUCCUAAUGAUAAAUACAUUCCAGCCUUUUCGAGACUAAAAUACACUGUUCUACUCUGUUAUGCGACAUCUCUUCUUCACCAUUUUAAGGCUGAAGAAUCUUUGGAAGACUGUUUAUGGACAAUACGUAUUUUGAUUAUCAAGCAAAUAAUAAUCCACGAGUCAUGCAAUGUUACUUACGCAUCGUUGGAGAAAAACAUCGCAAUCUUGGAGAAACAUUUGGAAAACUUGGAAGAAAAGAAAACUGUGAUAUUAGGUUAUUCAUUGGCUGCUCAAGUCUACCUCUGGUAUGGUUACGUUCAAAUAGCCUUUCAAUUUCUUCAAAAAGCAAUUGAUCUCAGCAAUUUAAAGAUUGAUUUGGAAGGAAAAAUGGGAAAAAGAACGAAGUAUCAAAGCGAAUCAAAAUCAUUGUUAAGUGUCUCGAUCACUCGUAAAAGUGAUACAGAGGAGGCUGUUGGAGCUUGUAAUUUAAAUGAAACUAGUUUGGUUAGUUCCAUUGCUAGUUGUAGUUCGACCAAUGGAAGUUCAAAUUCUGUUAUAAGCAAUUUCCUUCCUAAAAAUGUAAAACUCAUGGAUGAUACUCUUCUCACAAAGGUCACUUUUGAUGAAGAAGUUGGCCAAUCAAGUGCCAUUGUUUUACGAGAAGAAGAAGAAACCAUAGUGUGUGGGUUAAUUUCUUAUCUCAUGCAGUCCACUGGCUCAGACAAUAAUCUUGUACAAGAAGAGGUAUUUGCUUACCUCGAUUACCUCAUUGAACAUAGUACAGUAUGGUCUGUAAACUUCAAAUGUUUAUAUCUCCGAAGUCUUUUGGAAAGAUCAAGAUCUCGAAAGCUUGAAAGGGGCAUGAUGCAAUUAGAAGAAUUGGUUAACUCCACUAAGAACGAAUCGUGUGCAGGAUGUUCAUGGAAGCUGCAUUUAUUCUAUCCAAUUUUAACAGAACCAAUCUGGAAGAUAGAAAAAGUCUUGGCUGAUACUUUAUUUUCAAUGGGCUGCGUCAAAACUGCUCUGGACUUUUACAAAGACCUUAAUCUAUGGGAAGAAAUGGUCAACUGUUAUUGCAGGCUGGAUCAGCGAGGUAAAGCAGAGCUAGUUGUCAGGCAGCAAUUAGAAAUCCAAGUAACUCCUUACUUGUUAAACAUUCUUGGUGAUGUUACCAACGAUAAGGAUUGUUACAUUAAAGCUUGGGAACUUUCAUCUCAUAAAAGCGCACGAUCUCAAAAAUCACUAGGCGACUGGCACUUCUUUCGUAAAGAAUAUGCUGAAGCAAUUCCAUAUUAUGUCACGUCGCUGGAUAUCAAUUCGAUAGCUUAUCCUGCUUGGUCUCGUCUGGCAUAUGCGGCAUUAGCUACAGAGGACUUUCCCCUUAGUGCAAAAGCUUAUCGGAGGGUUCUUGAAUUUGAGACAGACAAUUUCGAAGCGUGGAACAACUUGUCCAAAGCAUAUAUCAAAAUGGGUGAUAAACACAGAGCUUUCCGAACUUUACAAGAAUCGCUCAAGUGUAGUUAUGAAGAAUGGCGAAUUUGGGAAAAUUAUAUGCUUGUUUCUAUUGACGUUGGAGCAUUUGAUGAAGUUAUUCGAGCCUGGCAUCGUCUUAUUGAUAUCAAAGGAAAACAUGAAGAUGAUCAAAUAAUCGAGAUUUUAAUUAAUUCCAUUAUUGCUGAUAUCGAUUACAAAGAGGGAGAGAAAACAUCGAAACUUGUCAAAAAGGUUUUACAAUUAUUAGGUAGAAUUGUUGCCACCUCACCUGGAACUGCCAAAACUUGGAAAGCAUAUGCUAAGCUUCUGAUUUCAAAUAAUGAACCAGUUGAUAAAAUUGUCAAUUGUUUAAGCAAAUCUCAUCAGUGCUGUAUGAGACAAAUUAAUUGGGAAAAGGAUUCUUCAAAAACUUUAGAGAUUUUGGAAAAUGCUAAAGACUUAAGUGAUUAUUAUUUAGAUAUUUUUGAAAAAUGUGAUGAUCUUGAUAAACGGAAACUAUUUUUAUCAUCAUUUCGCCUAUCCUUGCGCAGCUUAUUAAGUAUAGCCGAAAAAAAUGCGCACUAUUGGAACACAAGUGAAAACUCUUCUGCAAUUGAAAAACUGUUUAAUAGUCUUAAACAGCAACAUGAAACCAUUUGUGCAAAAUUAGACUUGAAAUUGGAAAUUUAAUUUCAAAACACGAUAAAGGAUCAAUUUUUUUGGACAAUAGACAAUCAUUCUAGAAUCAUAAUUUAUAUAAAUUUUAAUUUAUAUCAAAUUUUCAAUAUUUUCAAUACGAAUAUGAAUGAUUGCUAAUAAAUUAUUAAUAUU